AAUCACCUUCGUGACUCAGCACGUCUCCUCGCCUCCUCCUCCACCUUUCUCUCCCGCCGUAGACGCCGCAGUCCAGUCCCGUCCACGGCCCUCCAGCACGCGCACGACUCGCCACCUAGCUAUGGACAGGAGAGCCGUCAAGAGCGCUCACCUGGCAGGCUCAGAUCAACAUUCUUCACAGAGAGAAGAAUGGCCACCCCUAUCCCCCCCACCCUGUGACAUCAGUGAUGAUGAACUUGUCAGCAUCAGUGUUAGAGACCUGAACCGUCAACUCAAACUACGUGGACUAUGUCGAGAGGACAUCAUUAAGAUGAAACAGCGCCGACGAACACUGAAGAACAGAGGAUAUGCGGCCAGUUGCCGCAUAAAGAGAAUUGAGCAGAAGGAUGAACUGGAGUCUGAACGCACAACGGAGCAGGUGGACAUUGAAAAGCUGAUGAAUGACAAUUUGAGCAUGAGAUCAGAGAUUGACAGACUCUACCAGAACUAUGAAGCCCUAAAAAAGUUUGCAAAUUUAAAGAAUAUUCCUUUGCCUCAAGACUUAGAGUCCCUGUGACGGGAGCUGCUGCUGUAGCUAGUUAGGGUCACUGCAUCUGUAUUCUGUUGAUAGCAGGCAACAGAGACCGUUGUGACCUCCUAGGUUCACUACAGCAUUUUAUAUGUAUGAUGCAUUCCAGGGAAAUUGCAUUCACCCAGUGGGCACACUUUGAGUCAGCCAAACCUUCACUCAAGAAAAUGGUGCUUUUAGCUAAAUAUUUUGUCAUAGUCUAUUUUUAGUGUUUCUCUUGAGGGGAGAUGGCCAUUGUAUGGGUGAUGAGGCUUAUUUGGUGUUUUCCUGAGCCUCAUGCCAUCUCGCUGGGUGAAAGGCAAAACUAGGGUUUCAGUAUUUACUAAGGGUUAUGAAGCCAAUUUUAACUCAUGAGGCUAUUUUAUUGUGCCUUCUUAUUGUUGGUGUGCUGGAGCAAGUCUCCCAUACAGAACAAUGAAGAAUUUUAUUGAAUGUGUGAUUUUAUGUUUAUGUAAGAAACAUCUUUACUAUUAAAUGAUACAAUUAAUGGCUUGUUGUAUUGAAGAAAGUUGCAUUUUUUGUUGGAUUUUUACUAACUUAUGAGUUUGCAUAUGACAAAGAGGAUUGAAUAGGCACUUUGAUAUGUACCAGAUGUGCCAUGUUAAGAUUUAGUGCAAAUGCAAAGCUGACUCGUAUAAUAGCCGAUAUAUAUAUUUUUUCAAAUGAGUACUAGCUACUGUUGCAGUGAGUUCAAGCAUCAAACUGGUCUUGUGAGGAAUCUCAUGGGAAGAAGUGCCACAAUAUUUUGGGUUUACUGUUUUGCUGUUUUAGUAAUUAACAGUAAAGAAUGUACUUCAGCAUUAUUAGUUAUCAUAUGAUAAGUUAAAUGGUAUGUACCAAUAAGUAGUUGGUAUAGUUCAAAUAUUGUACAAUAAAUUAUGAUGUUUUAUAA